AUGGAAGCAUAUGACAUAAUUAAGGGACUUCUAUUUUUGCUGGUAGCGAUUAUUGGAAUUCCUGGAAACUUGGCCAUCACUGGAUCACUUUCUUGGAUCACUUGCUCAAUCUUUAAGUUGCUGCCAGUUGAAUUAAUCAUAUGGAAUUUAUCACUUGCGAACACAAUAUUGGUUAUUACCAGGGGUCUCCCAGCAGCAUUGUUUAUGUUGUUUGGAACAAGAGUAAAUAGUGAUGCUGGCUGUAGAAUUAUAAUUUACCUCUCCAGGAUAUCAAGAGGCAUGGCAUUCUGUUUAACUUGUGUUCUCAGCUGUGUUCAGUGUGUAACUCUGAUUCCACCAUCUUCAAAAUGGGCUCAUAUAAAACACAGUGUGCCAAAGUAUACCCUUCCUGUCACCUUUUCUCUGUGGUUACUGUAUAUGAUAAUGGAAAUAGUAGGACUAAUUUUUUCAAGUUCUCAGACAAAUUCCUCCAAUCCAGAGCUGGUAUAUAAUUAUGGCUAUUGUGUUGUCAUUGUUCCCAGUAUUAUUGUAUUUUAUGUUUAUGGCUUUCUUCUUUUUAGUCGUGAUCUUGUGGUGGUAAGUGUUAUGACUUUAGCUAGCUCCUACAUUUUAUUCAUUUUAUUUCGACACAGGAAGCAAGUAAAUGAUAUAAGAAACUCUAACCAGAAUAGUGAUGUGGAGAUUAGAGCAGCUAAGACAGUUGUAUCCUUAGUUACCAUGUAUGUCCUGUUCUUUGGGGUCGAGAACACUAUAUGGCUUUAUCAGAUAGCAGUUUCAAAAAUUAUUCAUCCCAUGAUUUCUGAUGUUCGUCAUUUCUUUUCAAUUUGCUAUACAGUUUUCUUUCCCAUCUCAAUCAUUGUGUCAAAUAAAAAAAUUCAAAAUGUAUUUAAAUGCUUACGGAGAAGGUCUACUCAUAAUGGCACUGUUUCCUCCUUUCCCUGA